AUUACAUAGAUUCAUAGCAAUAGAUGAACUCAAAACAAAAACAUCACGUUCAAGGUCUGGUUGUACUAGAAAUGUAUCAUCCUAGAUCACCGUUUUACACUUAACUGAAGAGUAAAAGAGUUCAAUAUCAUUUCCUUUUUAUUGUUUAGAUUGAUGUAGCUGUAUGUGUAGGCAGCAAACGUGAGAGUAUUAGGAUCUAUUAAUUGCUUGCUUUAUUUUGAUCUUACUUUCUGUUCUUUUGUUUACAUUUACCUGGCAAAGUGGCAGAUAACGGAAGUCGGAAGUAGUAAGCCACGAAAAUGGCGGCUGUUUACAAAGUUGCGAAGCAAGGCGAUUUCUAAAUAUUUUUUUAACGAAGAAUGUUGCAUUGCCGGGGACUUCGUUCUAAUUCAACUUCCUAGAGUCCGCUUAACAUUGUGAAAAUGAGACGGAGUCAUGCUCCCAGUCAGAGGGGAGUUGUCGUGGAGAAGAGAAAACCUGACGAGAACGAUGAGUGGCGGCCGAAAAAAGAGACAAAACGAACAAAGUCGCAAGUCCCUAGCUACAGCCCCAUGGAGCACAUGUCUCUGUACCGGCAACCUUUCACAGCCAUCAGAUCUCCACCGAGCUCAGAGGAGAAUGUCGCUGCUUUGUCACAUGCGGAGGUUUGAACCGAGCCCUCGGAGUGCGCAGGCAAGGAGCCCGACAACCUCUGCACGACCCGUAUGAAGAUGGCGCUUUGGUGCUGUACAGUCCUCCUGAGCUGUCGGCUCACGACCAGAUGAAAACAGACAUGGAAAAGCUGCCAGUCCACGUUGUUGUGGAUCCCAUCCUGUCGAAAGUUCUCCGGCCUCAUCAGAGAGAGGGUGUCAAGUUCAUGUACGACUGUGUCACCGGCACCCAGAUUGAGGACAACUAUGGCUGUAUCAUGGCUGAUGAGAUGGGACUUGGCAAGACUCUACAGUGUGUGACGUUGGUGUGGACCCUCUUGCGCCAGAGCCCCGACUGUUGCCCGACAGUCACCAAGGUCAUCAUCGUGUGCCCCAGCAGUCUCGUCAAGAACUGGCACAAUGAACUGGCCAAGUGGCUGGGCUCCAGGAUACAGGCUCUGGCUGUUGACUCUGGCUCUAAGAGUGAGAUAGACAGAAACUUGGUCCACUUCAUGCAGCAGCAGGGGCGCAGGACACAGUUCCCCGUGCUCAUCAUCUCGUACGAGACGUUCCGACUUCAUGCCGGCGUGCUGCACAAGGGCGAGGUCGGACUGGUCAUCUGCGACGAAGGUCACAGGCUGAAGAACUCGGAGAACCAGACGUACCAGGCGCUGACCAACCUCAAGGCCAAGCGGAGAAUUCUCCUCUCGGGGACGCCCAUACAGAACGACCUGCUGGAGUACUUCAGCCUCCUGCACUUUGUCAACAAAGGAAUCCUAGGCACGGCCCAAGAGUUCAAGAAACGGUUUGAAACGCCGAUUCUCCGGGGACGAGACGCAGACGCUACCGAUGACGAUCACAGGAAGGGCAAGGAAAAACUGCAGGAGCUGCUGGCCAUCGUGAACCGGUGCAUCAUCAGGAGGACACAGUCGCUGCUCACCAAGUACCUGCCCGUCAAGAUCGAGCAUGUGAUCUGCUGCAGCCUGUCGGCCGUCCAGAGGACUCUGUACCAGAACUUUGUGUCGGCCAUGAUGUCUCGGUGCGACGGGAUCAGCAAAAGCACGUUCAGUAGUCUGGCCGCCAUCACACAGCUCAAGAAACUCUGCAAUCAUCCUGACCUCAUCUACGACAAAUGUGUGGAGAGAGCGGAUGGUUUUGACGACAGCCUACAGUUCUUCCCUCACGACUACACCACAAAAGUUGUCAAACCCGAACUCUCUGGCAAAGUUCAGGUCCUCGACACACUCCUGGCUCUCAUCAAGAUGACGACAAAUGACAAGGUCGUCCUGGUCUCCAACUACACACAGACGCUCGACCUCUUUGAGAAGUUGUGUCGACAGAGGAACUACCAGAACGUAAGGCUUGAUGGCACCAUGUCUAUAAAGAAAAGGGCCAAGAUUGUGGACCGCUUCAACGACCCGUCGAGUCCUGAGUUUAUCUUCAUGCUGAGCAGUAAGGCGGGCGGCUGUGGGCUCAAUCUGAUCGGCGCCAACAGACUGGUCAUGUUUGACCCAGACUGGAACCCGGCCAACGACGAACAGGCCAUGGCGCGGUGCUGGCGAGACGGGCAGAAGAAACAGUGCUACAUCUACAGGCUCAUCGCUACGGGCACGAUUGAGGAAAAGAUCUUCCAGCGGCAGACGCACAAGAAGGCUCUCAGCAGCUGCGUGGUGGACAACGAGGUGGACGUGGAGCGACACUUCAGCCUCGGGGAGCUGCGCGAGCUCUUUUCUCUCAACGAGAACACCAUCAGCGACACACACGACAAGUUCAAGUGUCGUCGCUGUGUGAACAACAUCCAGGUGAAAGCUCCGCCAGAAGGCAGCGACUGUAACUCGGACCUGUCUCAGUGGAACCAUUCGGCAGACAAGAAAGGCCUGGAGGAUGUUUUGCUCAAAGGAGCGUGGGAAUCCUCAAUCACAUUCGCAUUCCACCACCGUUCCCACGAGGAACAAAGGCAAACGGUUUAGAUCGCGAUCCCUCUCCUGCCUCCUCCCAUCAGAUUUAUCUUCUUCUUCUUCUACUUCUUCUUCUUCUUCUUUUUCUUCUUUUUCUUUUUCUUCUUCUUCUUCUUCUUCUUCUUUUUCUUCUCAAUCUCAUCACUUGAAGUCCGGUAUCUAUCAUAUACUGGGCUGUCCUGCUCAGUUCAUCAGUCGGCCCGUACAGCUUCUCUUGUAGUGUCAUCAGUUUUACAUUUGUACAGAUGUUCAUGUUCAUACUACAAGAAUGUGGUUGUUGAUAAAUAGUUAAAUAGUAAUGGUUGAACAAUGUGUUCACUUUGAUUCAGUCACCUUGCCCUGUUCUGAAUAGAAUUGUUGCACUAUGUUGUAUAAUUAUGUUGUAUAAAAAUCAAAUUAAAAGAUUACAGAUUUAAAA